CUGGAGCCUCGACCUGAUGAGCAAAGCUUGAAGGGCGCCCAGUGACCGAGACGACCCCGACGAAAGCAGGCAGCUCCCAGGAGCCGGAGAGAUGCGCAGCGAGGUAUAACCACCUGACAACGUAUCCGGUGGAAGAGUGCUCAGUUCAGGAGUCGCCGGCGAAAACGAAGGAACAACUGCAAUAGCAAGAGCCUUGUUUAUUUCCACAAUAACAGUACUGGCUGAGGAGACCAGUAACAAGCCCGUGGAAGCAAUUGACUUGAUCUUGCAUAUGGUCUUUGAAUAGGACCGACCACUUGCGGAGAGGUAAUCUCAACGGUUCCCUCCGCGCACCACUGCAAGUCUGCAACGCGACGAGGCUGCGGGCUGGAGCAGCGGAUGGCUGGCAGCGCGGAGCCUGCCAUGGACGAACCCGCCGGCCACCAGGGGUCGCGUCCGCCGUGGCGUCGCACUGUGGCCAUCCAGGCGGCGAUCUGCCUCGCGCUCUACGCGGCCUUCAGUCUCGGUGAUCCGCAGCUCCAGCCGCGAGGCGGAGGAGGAGCGGCCGCGCUCGGCCGCGGCGGGCGCGGCGGCGUCUCCUUCCUCAGCGUCGCGGGCGGCACGCGGGAGCCCGCCAAGCAGGCGCGCCUCCUGAGGCAGAUGGAGCACAUAGCAAAGGCCUAUGAAGUCAAGUUAGUGUUGGAUGUUGCUCAAUUUGGUGACGACACACUUUGGCAAGAUGGUUCCAUGUACUUCCAAACUCUGAAGAUCCCCUGGUAUUCCGCUACAUCACAUGGGCAGAUAGUUGAUAAUUUCUUGAAGAAAGUGAAGAUGCCAUACGAUCAAGUUCUGGAAAUUAUUGGUGUCGAUACAGGGCCUCUUCAGGAAACUCUACGUGAUGGUAAAAUAAGCAAUUCUAGCAGGGAACAAAUUACAUGGUUGGAGCAAUCUCUAGCACUGACAAGCAGUAACUGGAAAAUAGUUGUUGGGUAUGAUUCAUUAGUUAUUUGCAAUGAGGUGCACGCAGCAGAAACAACAAAGUUCUAUGAGCCUCUUCGGCGUAUUUUUGAAAAAUAUGCAGUGAAUGCAUACCUCAGCACAGGAGGUUUUUGUGGACACUUCCAUCAAGAUAAUUCAAUGUUGUAUAUUCGAAAUCCCAGACCUGGUUACCAAACAAAUUUAGAUGGUUUCCUCUUGCAUACAUUGAGCUCUUUAGGGAUGGAAUCCCUGUUCAUAAACUUAGAAGGCGAGGUUGUUCAAAGAUCUGUAGUCCACCAGCAAGGAAGGGGGUUCAUGUAGUCAACAAUGCUGAAAUGCCGAUUCUGUUUUCAGUAAUGCUACAAUCGUAUUCAAUUCAUUUUCACUUGUUUCUACUGAACUUUGAGUCCUAUCCCCUUGACGAAUUAUAAUUUUGUUUCAUUACAUAUCAAGUGUGCCUAGGUAUGCAAGAUCUAAAAGCAGGACAUAUGCGGGAUCUCGCUUGCAUCCCGAAGUGUACCACUAAUGAAUGUGAAUUACAUACUUAGAUUAUUAAUUACCAAAACACAAGUAUAUGGUUAGUAGAUUUUAUUUGCUCA